UCGGAGACAUCAAGAUAAUAAGAGGAAGGAAGAGAGUGGAGAGGGAAAGACAGGGAUGCUCUUAGCAGGUGCCAAAAACUGAGUCGAGACAGAGGGAUGGAGGACUAAAGCAUUCAGUCAGGUUUUAAAAGCUCUUCGAACUAUUAUUGAAUGUUGUUUUCUGUUUGCAUUUCCAUGCUUCUCUCUCCUUUAUCUGUGUUUGAGUGUGUUCAUCUAAAUUUGUCCAUCUAAAUCUAUCCAUAUCGACACACAUUAGCGGGUUAUUGGGGGCCAUUAUCACUUGCACCAUGCUGUGCUCCUCUGUAUUUGUGGUGCUCCUAGUGCUUCUGGCCAGUCCGGUGCCGGGCCACACCCGAACCCUUCACACCCCUGACAAAGCCAUGCAGGUCAUCGAGCAGUUCCUUGAGCGCUACAAUGACCUUUUGACCCUUGAUGAUCUUGAGAACCUCACGAGUGACCAGUCAGAAGAGCCCUUGCAGACCUUCAGCUCUGGGCUAAAGGUGGCAGAAUACCCCAAGUGGAUUGAAAUACCUGUGCAGAGUGAGAAUGCCUGGCUCCGCCUCUUGAAGGGGGCUUUGGCCAAUCAGAAGCGAGCGCCACCAGACCGGUUGCGGAGGGGUUGGAACCGAGGCUGUUUUGGCCUGAAACUGGACCGGAUCGGCUCUAUGAGUGGCCUCGGCUGCUAAUAAUGAACUGAGAGACGGACCGAGAUGAUGAGAUGACUGUUGUCCCGCUUAGCUUUAGGUAGAGGGCAUUACCGAAUUCUGGUCUGGUUUGGGACUCCGUGAAAACUAGGUGGACAAAUUCAUUAUAUUGUGUAUUUCAAUAAUACUUAUUUUUAUAUGGGAUUUGAAGUGACAUGUUGUUUAACUGUAUUUGUAUUUAUUUCUUGAAUGAAGGUAGUGGUGUUUACUGGUUCCUUGAGAUGUAGAUGAGAUUCAAUCGUUUUGAGAAUCUGCUAGUAGUUUACUAGUAAGCAAAGAUCUUAAAGUAAUGUCUCAAAUAGUCUCAAAAUGCAUGAUUUAUAGAACAUAUACUGCUCACCUUCUGUAGUUUUUGCAUGAAUAAAAUUUCUUCCACGUCA